AUGUGGAUUCCACUUUGUCUCUUUGUUGUCAUGGCGCACGGGGUUUUGGGGGACGUGAGCUAUUCUAUUCCGGAGGAAUUGAAACGAGGCUCCGUGGUUGCCAAUGUAGCCAAGGAUCUUGGAUUGGAAUUGAAAAGAUUUUCCUCCCGUAAAGCUAGGAUUGAUACAGAAAAUAGUGCUACGCGAUAUUUUGAUGUUAACCUCAGGACUGGUGAAUUGAUCAUUGCUGAGCGGAUAGACCGCGAAGAGUUGUGCUCUCAAAAGCCUUCGUGUGCAAUGAAUGUCGAGCUGAUGUUGGAGAAUCCGCUAGAAUUGCAUCGCAUUGUGCUUAAUAUUCAAGAUGUUAAUGACAAUUCGCCUGUGUUUCCUCAGAAAACCAUCAAGCUAGAAAUAGGUGAGCAUGCAGAUAAAGGUGCGGUCUUUCGAGUAGACGAGGCUCACGAUGCUGAUAUAGGACAAAACUCGGUCCAGAGCUACAGUUUAGAAAGGAAUAGCCAUUUUGUAUUAGCUGUCAAGACGAAUAGCGAUGGAAUAAAGUAUGGUGAAUUGGUGUUAGAUAAAGAGCUAGACCGUGAGCAGGAGAGUGAGGUGACAUUAGUUCUCACUGCCACGGAUGGUGGAAAUCCUCCGAAGUCAGGUACCGUAACCAUACGCAUUAAUGUGCUCGAUUCUAAUGAUAACGCCCCAGUCUUUACGCAGGGGCUCUAUAAAGCCAGUUUACCCGAAAAUUCUCCUCUUGAUACUGUCGCGGUUACAGUGCAUGCCACUGAUGCAGAUGAGGGUCUGAAUGGAGAAAUAACUUAUGAGUUUGGCCCCAUAUCUGACAAAGCCAGAAAAACAUUCUCUUUGGAUUCAAAAUCUGGAGAAAUUAAGGUGAUAGGAACAAUAGACUAUGAAGAAGAGGCAACGUAUGAUAUGCGUGUAAAGGCAAAGGACGUGUUUGGAUUAACUUCAGACACAAAAGUUUUAAUUGAUAUAACUGACAUCAAUGACAAUGCCCCCAUCAUAUCACUGAAGUCGCUGAAUACUCCUGUCCCAGAGAAUGUAGCGCCCGGUACCGAAGUCGGCAUCAUAAAUGUCCAGGACAGAGACUCUGGUGGUAAUCGUCAAAUCCGAUGCUUUAUCCAGCAAAGCAUUCCUUUCAAACUAGUGCCAUCAAUUAAAAAUUACUUUUCUUUGGUGACUACCGCUGAGUUAGAUCGUGAAAGUGUAUCUGAUUAUAACAUUACUAUAACUGCUACUGAUGAAGGCUCUCCUCCCUUGUCCGCAUCCAAAACCCUGCGUAUAUCAGUAGCUGAUGUGAAUGAUAAUCCACCUGUUUUUGCGGAGCCAAUCUACAAAGCUCAUGUGAUUGAAAACAACAAGCAGGGCUCUUCUGUGUGUUCAGUAAUGGCAAAUGACCCAGACUGGAGACAAAACGGCACGGUGCUGUACUCACUCUUACCCGGGGACGUUAAUGGUCUCCCGGUGUCUUCUUUAUUAUCCAUUAACGGGGACACAGGAAUUAUUCACGCUGUCAGGUCUUUCGAUUAUGAGCAGGUCAAAAACUUCAAAGUGCACGUUCUAGCCCGAGAUAACGGAUCGCCUCCACUCACUAGCAAUGUAUCUGUAAGUGUCUCUAUAACAGACGUGAAUGACAACCCUCCGCAGAUAUUAUACCCAGCUCAGGAAGGGACCUCCUUCAUGACAGAGCUGCUUCCCCGAGGUGCUCACGCUGGAUCCCUGGUGUCCAAAGUUAUCGCAGUGGAUGCAGAUUCUGGACAGAAUGCGUGGCUGUCUUAUAGCAUCGUCAAAUCAACGGACCCAGGACUUUUCUCUAUCGGGGUCCACAGCGGAGAGAUUAAGACGCUGAGGGACAUUUCUGAUUCUGAUAGCCUAAAACACAAUCUGAUUGUGUCUGUAAAGGACAACGGACAGCCAUCACUGUCCGUCACCUGCAGUCUGAAUUUAUUUAUCUCAGACAAUCUGGCUGAAGUUCCAGAAUUGAAAGAUAUGUCUUUUGAUGAUGGUGUUUCCAAUUUAACCACAUAUCUGAUCAUUGCGCUUGUAUCCGUGUCCACCAUCUUCCUCACCUUCAUCAUUAUCACCUUUGCUGUGAAAAUGUGUCGUCGGAGAAAGCCCACACUGUUAUUUGACGGGGCCGUGGCUAUUCCAAGUGCGUAUCUCCCUCCAAAUUACGCAGAAGUGGACGGAAUGGGAACACUGCGUAGCGCGUAUAACUAUGACGCGUACCUCACCACGGGGUCUCGCACCAGUGACUUUAAGUUUGUCCGGUCCUACAAUGAGGGAACACUGCUGGCUGGCCAAACUCUGCCAAAAUCAGCCACGGCUGAUGAGCCGUUUGGACCUUUUGAUGAAAAUGAACACUCGCCUCAGGUAUUUGGGGUUUGA